AUGAGCAAGAUGUACGUGAACGGAUGGCGCAGUCGUACCAACCUUCGCAUACUGCGCAGCUCUCUCCAAGUGAGACGAUCAAGAAGGCGCAGUACAUGGGCAACGGCGGAAACGGUCACCAAGUCGCACAUAGUGCAAUUUUUGAAAGACUUUGGUGGCCUUGAUCAAGAAAAGGCCGUGGCCAUGUACCACUCGCUGAGCGAUGGGUUCAAGACUCACAGAGGACGGUUGCAGAGUGCACACGCUGCAACUUAUUGCGAGGUUCCCGAUCAUGUCAAGAGGACAGAAUGGAAGACAUUCGAAGAGAAUGUCAAAUACAUAAACAACACCAAUGUUUCUGAUGCUGGUUCAUCGGUUGGUGCUCGGUCUGCAAUGAGUCGUAUGGACUUAACCAGCCAACGAGGAGCUUCCCCUGCACCAACGUUGCAAACUGAAGGAUCAUUUAUGUCAAUAACAAACACCACUCCUUUCAGAAUCACCAUCCAUCCCAAUGCCAUCAUCUUCUUCUUCUUCGACUCGUCGACUAUCCCAACUAUCCCUUCCCCACAAGAAUCCGAUCAACCUACCACUGCCUCUCCAUCCAUUUCUUCAUCAUCUCCUGCACUACCACAUCAACCUACUUCUUCGCCAUCCGCCGUCCUCUCCAUUCCUUCCUCCGUAGCUCCCCCACCACAACAACCUACUGCAUCACACACUGUUAGAUUGCAGCAAGUAUAUCUGUUCAAAGUAGGAGUAUGA